UUGUCAGUUUAUUACUGUUACUUGGUUUAUUACUUAUUAUCGCGGCGGUUUUGCUGUCGCUCUGGCCCUGGAGCACUGCUCCCUGCCCUAUUUCCAGCAGCGCAGGCUGGGGGGGCUGCUGGAUGUUUUCUGUGGGGGGACAGUUCGCCUCCCGGGCUCUGCCUCGUGCUGGGAAUGGGCACGGAGCUGGGCUGCCGAGCCAAGCUCUGCUCGCUGCCCAAGGUGGUGGGACAGUGCCGGGCCUCAAUGCCACGGUGGUGGUUCAACAUCAGUGGUGGUUCGUGCCAAAGCUUCGUCUUUGGCGGCUGCAAGGGGAACGCCAACAACUUCCUGACGGAGCGGGAAUGUCAGGAGAGCUGCAUCCUUGGAGGGGUUCCGAAGAAACCCGAGCAUCGCGCUGAGCAGACCAAGGCCGACUCCACCUACGACGCAUACUGCACCGUCCCUCGGGUGACCGGCCCGUGCCGUGCCUCCUUCCUGCGCUGGUACUACAGCCCGGCAAACCAAACCUGCCGGCAAUUCAUCUACGGCGGCUGCCGGGGAAAUAAGAACAACUACCAGCACGAAGAGGAAUGCUUGAAACGCUGCAGCCCCAAGCCAGAAGAUACCGGUGGCACCGGUGCCAAUUUCCGCAGCGAUCUUCUCUCUACUAAAGUGCUGGCACUGGGAGUGCUCCUGGCCGUCCUGGCAGCCAUUUUGCUGGGUUACGUGACAGACGUCGCCCUCAAGACGUGCCGGAGAAAACCGGAGCUGCCGGGAGUGGGAACGGGAUGGAGCCCCAGCGACGACAAGGAAUAUCUGAUGAGCAACGCCUACACCCUCUGAGAAGCGGGGGGUGCAUCCCUUCUUUGUGGAACCCCCCCCAGAAUGGGAGGACCGCC